AUGGGCAAUUACGUUUCUUGUACACUUUCCACUCCAAUCGGCCGGAAAUCCUCAAGUUUUCCGGCGACGACGGUCGUUUUCCCAAGUGGGGAAGUUCGGCAGUUUCACGAACCGGUCAAGGCGGCGGAGCUGAUGUUCGAGAUGCCCAGUUUCUUCGUCGUCAAUUCUCAAUCGGUUCGUGUUGGCCGGAGAUUUUCGGCUCUGAUGGCGGACGAGGAUCUGGAGAUGGGGAAUUUGUACGUUAUGUUUCCGAUGAAGAAGGUGAAUUCGGUGGUGUCAGUGACGGAUAUGGGAGUGCUGCUUCUCGCUGCCGAGCGAGUCUCCGACAGGAAGAAGCGGCGGAUCGUCGGCGGUGGGGAAUCUAAUGUUUGUGUUUGCCCGAAGGUGGAAGCAGAGGAGUCGGAGAUGAAGUUGAAAAUGGAUGAUGAGGUGGAGAGGUUUUCGCCGGUGCCGGAAUUGGCUCAUCGGAGGACUAUGUGCAGGCUGAGGAAGCCAUUGUUGGAGACCAUAGUUGAAGAGCCGAUGUGUUCAUGA